AUGAGUGGUGAAAUGAUAAGAGAAAAGAAUAAGAAUGCAAACAAAUGCAGCUUACACCGAGGCAUUGGAACGCGGGAGCAGGACACCAAUGUUGCCGAGCUUGCGCCGGUUUCCAAAUUGGAGAAGGAGGAGAAACGGCGGAAAUAUAGAGAAGAGCUGCUAGCGCAACAACCGAGGAUUUCUGGGAAGAAGCAAAAGAGACUUGACAAGUACAUUGAAACAAAACUCAAGAAGGACGAAAAUCUUAUACUUCUCAAAAAGCUCUCGGACUCAAAAAUAGAUACCAGUCAAUUACAAAGCUCUCGAGAUCUAGGGAAACGCAAACAAAAAAAGAUUUUAUCUUCGGCUGCAGGUAAUGGAGACACCAACAGCGCUAUUCUACAGCAGCACACCUCAGACAACGAGACAAACGAGGCAAGGUCGAUCAAGCCGGUCCUCACGUCUUCCAAUUCGACGAUCAAUAUCGCCAAUACCAUUGCUGGCACUGGAACACCAGUUAUUGGAAGUGGAUUAAAACGACCGCUAGAAAUUGGAGAAGACGGCUUUCCCGUCAUUAAGAAGCGGAAACGUGCCGCAAAAGCUAAGUUUAUAAUAGAGGAGCCAUCCUGGGAUGGAUUCGAAAGCAAUGGGUCCGGCGAUGAUGCAACAAAAGAUCCAGAGCGUUCCGAUAGCUAUAUAAAUGAUGAUGAAGCGGGUGGUUCUGGAAGCGACAUAGGAUCAGGACAAGGUGAUAGUAACAAUGAUGGGGACUAUGAGGAUGACAGGUCUUCAAGCUCCGAUGAUGACCCUAGCGAGCACACCAUAAUUCGACCGCGAAAUUCCGCAUUCAAAACAUGGGCGGUACAGCAAAUAAACGACACGGUUGGCUUUAGACCCACAGAACAUGCGCCUCUACCUCAUGCUCUUCCGCAGCCAGAAAGGCCUGCAACCUCGCGCCAGACUGAGGGCGAAUCCUUGCCAGCUAAAUUAAAAAUACCAAAAGGGGCUCCGAAUAGGAAGGCUUUCACUGUCCAAGUAAAUCGGCCUGAGCACAUACAGGCAUCUCGUCUCGCUCUACCUGUUGUUGGGCAGGAACAAGAAAUUAUGGAAGCUAUCCACAACAAUUCUUCAGUUAUCAUCUGGGGCGCAACUGGAAGUGGUAAAACUACCCAACUACCGCAGUUCCUCUUCGAAGCGGGAUAUGGAAACCACGAAAGCCCCAAUCCGGGGAUGGUUGGAAUAACUCAGCCGAGACGAGUUGCAACUGUCAGUAUGGCCAAGCGAGUUGCAGAUGAGCUGGGCCAAUUUGCGGAUCAGGUUUCAUACCAGAUUCGAUUUGAUAGCACAGUAUCAAGCAAAACAGCUAUAAAAUUUAUGACAGAUGGUGUUCUGAUAAGAGAAAUUGCCCGAGAUUUCUCUCUUUCGAAAUAUUCGAUCAUUAUAAUUGACGAAGCUCACGAGAGGAGCGUUAACACAGAUAUUCUCAUCGGUAUGGUCAGCAGAAUCGUUGACCUAAGGAAGACGAUGAAUGCAGAAGACCAGUCUGUAAAUCCACUGAAGUUGGUUAUUAUGUCUGCUACAUUACGCAUAUCGGACUUCCUCCAAAAUGAAAAUCUCUUUCCCCAGGGACGACCUCCGUUAGUCCAAGCUGAAGGACGCCAGUACCCCGUCACUAUCCAUUUUUCACGCCACACACGUCGUGACUAUGUCGAAGAGGCUUUUAAAAAAGUAUCCAAGGGCCACAGGAAAUUGCCUCCGGGAGCGUUUCUUGUUUUCCUAACAGGACAGGCAGAGAUUAAAGAUCUAUCCAAGCGUCUUGAACAGACUUUCAGGUCUACUCAUGUUCCCGGCCCUUUCCAAGGAAAAGUUAAGUUAUCAGCAGUGGAAGCUCCCCUCGAAACUGAAGAUAUUGAACUUGGAAGAACAACAGGCCCGAUAGGUAAUGAUAGCGACAGUGACAUCGAAAUCAGAGGAUUAGACGACGAUGAAAAUGAUGAUGACGAUUUUGACCAUGAAGAAGGGGCUGUUGAUUCAGGAACAAAGGUCCAUGUCCUUCCCCUUUAUUCCCAACUCCCUACUAAGGAGCAGAUGAAGGUGUUUGAGCCAGUGCCAGAAGGUUCCCGCCUCAUUGUUUUGGCCACCAAUGUGGCAGAGACCAGCUUGACCAUUCCUGGCAUCAGGUACGUAUUUGAUUGCGGCCGCUCCAAGGAAAAGCAGUACGACGUAUCAACUGGAGUCCAGAGCUUCCAGAUCGGUUGGAUAAGCAAAGCCAGUGCCAGUCAACGUGCUGGACGAGCUGGAAGAACCGGCCCCGGGCAUUGCUACCGACUUUACUCCUCUGCCGUCUUUGAAGGGGAAUUCGAAGAGUAUGCAGAGCCGGAAAUCUUGCGGACACCGAUCGAAGGAGUUGUCCUGCAGAUGAAAUCCAUGGGGCUUCAUCAUGUUAUCAACUUCCCCUUUCCAACCCCGCCAAAUCGAACAAGUCUUGCCAAAGCGGAAAUAUUACUGCAGAACCUUGGCGCCCUCUCUUUGGAUGGUCAGGUCACCGAGACAGGCCGCCAGCUUAGUCUAUAUCCACUCUCCCCAAGGUUUGGAAAGAUGCUCCAAAUCGGCCAUCAACACGGCUGUAUGCCAUACGUAGUAGCUUUGGUUUCCGCACUCUCAGUGUCGGACCUUUUUAUCCAAGAAAACCAGCUCGAUCUCAAACCCGUCCAGCAUGAGGAUGACGAGGAGAGUAAAAUCUACACAAACGCGAAUAGACUUGAGGAUACCGCGAGAGAAAUGCGGCGAAAGGAUUACAACAGAGCCCGCCGUAUCUUUAGCAAGUACGACGACCAAUCUGACGCCCUAAAAUCCCUUGCGGCAGUAUGUGCGUACGCAUACGCAGCAAAUAGCGAGUCCUUCUGUUCUCAAAUGUUCCUGCGUCCUAACGCUAUGAAAGAGGCCUCCCAACUCCGCCGCCAGCUUUACGAGAUCGUCCGCAGCAAUAACCCGAAUAUCACGAACCAGUUCGAAUUGCGCCUCCCUGAGCCCACUGAUAAACAACUCCGCGCUCUGAAGCAAAUCACCGCAGCAGGCUUCAUUGACCACGUCGCAAUUCGUGCAGAUAUGGCUCCUGUCCCGCCAGACAUGCCGCGCAAGCCUCGAAGAGCCAUCGACGUCCCAUAUCUAACUCUCUUCUCAUCCCUCGACGGACACGCCAGAGAAGUCCAUGAAAAAGCCGUAUAUAUACAUCCCACAUCUGUCCUUGCUCAUCUCUCGACCACGGAACUUCCUCAAUACCUCAUCUACUCUCAUCUCCAACAAUCUGCCCCAAGCGCUAUCUCCGAUGCUCCUACCAAGGUCAGAAUGUUUCCCCUAACCGCCGUGAGCGGAUUACAACUCUCUGCUCUGGGACAUGGAACACCUUUAAUUGAAUAUGGGAAACCUGUUGGGAAGAUUGAACCAGUUGCCGGUGCAUCGGAUAAGCGUGAGUGUUGGGUCAUUCCGUCAUUGAAGGGGGAUCCGGGAAGUAUGGGGUGGCCAUUACCAGCGAAGAAAGUAGUGCAGAGGAAAGAUAGAAAGCAUGGGUGGGUAAUUGAGAAGUUUAUUAAGUAA